AUGCUGAAAGACUACGUCAACAUGGCGGAUCAACUUGAAAAUGAAUCAGCGGCAGCAUUACUGACGUUCAAGAAUGGCGGAGUGAAAUAUGACAGCAUCAAGCAGGAGAAUCUAGACAAUUCAAUGGACUUAGACCAGGAGGAGACUCCAAUUCUAGGGCCAGCUGCUCUGGGCUUGAAGCGAAUUGGGGAGGAGAUGCCCCCAAGACCUCCACCCCAGCAGCCUGGUCUCGUGCUGAACAGGCGAGGAAUGCCCGCUCGUAUCCGUAAAAAAAACCGCCUCUUCUUUGAUGACGAUGUUAUCAAUACGAUGUUGCCACGCUCGUCUCCAAAGCGUGGCCCAAAGGCCUCUCCUACGAAGAAGGCCGCUUCCAUGGCUGCAUCAGCUGCUAGUAAAGCAGCAGUACAGCAUAUGAAGAAACAUCCGGUGCCAGUACCUCAGAACGAGUUGCAACACUCUGAUGUUCAUGAAGGAAAUGCCAGUAGCUCGGGUGUUCCUGCAUCCCCUGACCGACGCGUGGGGCAGAGGAUUGGCAUGCGACUCCGCAACCUGCUGAAGCUUCCCAAAGCCCACAAGUGGGUUUGCUAUGAAUGGUUCUACAGCAACAUUGACAAACCUCUCUUCGAUGGGGACAAUGACUUCAUGAUCUGCCUGAAGGAGUCUUUCCCACACCUGCGAACUCGGAAGUUAACUCGUGUGGAGUGGUGCAAGAUCAGACGCAUGAUGGGCAAGCCACGGCGGUGCUCCCAGGCAUUCUUUGAGGAGGAGCGGCGUGAGCUGGAACGGAAACGAGCAAAGAUCCGCCUGCUGCAGCAGCGCAAGACGGCUGAUGUGACUAACUGCAAGGACCUUCCCGGAGAGAUACCCCUUCAACUCGUAAUUGGCACGAAGGUGACCGCUCGUCUCAGGAAACCACAGGAUGGUCUGUUUAAUGGCAGCAUUGAUGCUGUUGAUACUUCCAACAACACGUACAGGAUAACAUUUGAACGGGUUGGCCUCGGCACCCACUCUGUGCCUGACUACGAAGUGCUGUCCAAUGAACCACCGGAAACCAUAACCGUGUCAAGCUUUGCUCAGAAGUUUCGGCCACGGAACAUGGCCCCUUAUAUGACUCCGCCUCGCUUCUCUUUGGACCCUUCGUCUCCGAAACUGAACAGUGAUCCGUUGCUGGCAGGACCCCCUGUCAUCAAAUCCAAGAGCAUCCCAUCAGAUGGAACCGUGGGAGGCUUCCCCGUCAAGUUCCUGGACAUGGUGGUGAGGUUAUCCAAGAUUCUUAAUGCAAAGAAGUCUAAGAUCAGAACAUUAAAAGAAAUGAACACAGAGGCAGAGAAAAGAAAGUCGUUUGGGGCACACAUCCCAGAAGACUUCCAGCGACGUUACGCGAGCGUCAUCAUCGAUCUGGAGCAUCUGAACCGUGAUUUGCAGGAUUACUUGACAAAUGUCCAAAACUACUGUCAAGAGAUUGCUCCGGAGCCUAGUAUUGCCGCCAUGCUGGCACCGUCUCAUCUUCGUGAGAGGAGUCAAGAAGAGGCACGCGAACUCGUGAUGAAGCACAAUCGGCCGGACGUCCGCCUGCCUGUGCACGGCGAGCGAAUGCUGAGCCUCAUCACACAGUUGACUGCGCUUAUGCUGCAAGUGAGGAGUUUAUCAGAUGCAGACCGUAAUGCAUAUGAGGUGAAAGUCCUCCAAAGCUCCAUGGAAGAGAUCCGUUCUCGUCUGAGUCCGCGGAACCAACAGGUGUUCCAGAAUUGUGUGGAGAUUCACAUGCAGCACAUCCAGUUGGGGCUUGGUCAGUGUGGUUCCCUCCACCCCUUCAUGAUUCAGUAAGCAUGGGGUGUGUUUAUCACUUCUCUACCCAGUUUUGUGAUUCAUCCAUGUUACCAGGUUUGUCUGUGUGACUUGUCUCGUGCAAGGGCGGCAGCCAGAUGAUGGGAAGGAUGGAAGUGAGGGGGCGGAGGGAGGGUGAAAGAUCAGGACCCUCUGCCGUUAUCGUGAUUCAUGAGGAAUUUAUUUGUACAGUGUUCAUCCUCCGUAACUACAAGCAGGCUGGCCACUCACGUCGCCAUGUUCCAGUGCAUGAGGUGCUGCACCCCAUGACUAAUGGGAAUUUAAAAGGUCAGAUGCCUGCAACAAACAGCCUUAGUUUUUUAAAUAUUUAAAGUGCUGUAAUGCAUUACUUUGAUUAAGGAUGUAUAUUUGUUAUUUCUUCUUUGAAUUUUAUGAAAUAGAAAGUAUAUUAAAAAGCAUAAGUCACGCUA